UCGCGGCGAUUGGCAGGCCCGGCGUCGCGGGGGCGGGACCUGGGGAAGAAAAGGGAACCGCGGGGCUGCUCCGGACCGCGGGGCGAUGGAGGCAGCGGCGGAGACAGGGCUGGCCAACAACUCCCUGGAUGACUUCUUGGUGGAGUUUGACCACGUGGUUCAGGACUUUGAGAAAAGGGUCUUUUCUCAGUAUGAGCCACACCUGGAGGAGUUAAAGAAAAAGGUCUCAUCCAGCAUGUAUGAUAGCGGCAUCGACGACUCAGAAAGCAAGAGCGCCUCUCUCGGCAGCAGCCUGAACACCAGCGAGGAAGACCUCAAUGCUCUGUCGGCUGCCACGGAUGCCCCUUGCUCCUCAGCCAAGCUUGGAGACACACAUGAACUGGAAGAGUUCAUUGCAGACCUGGACCGGAUCCUGGAGGAAAUGUGACCUGCUUUCCUCCUGCACCCUUCAAGAUGAAAAUCCAUACUAGAACAUCCCCUGCCUGCCAAUGUCUCUCUGAAUGGGCCACCUGCCCUUUUCUCCUGGCAGAAGCCCCCUGCCAAAAUUCCUAUGGCUUCUUGCUGCUCUCCCCAAAGCUGGCCUUCUUUGCAAGUGGCUUCUCUGCAGGAGAGGAGCUGAGGGUGUCGCAAUCGUCUCCAAAAUACUUUAAGUCCAGAAGUCAAAGGAGAAAACUAACAAGACCCAAUCCCAAUGACGUUCUGCCAUGGGAUUUAUUUUUAAAAUUCCACCUUGAUGGGAAAGCAUGGACUAUUUUCUGAAAUGUAUAUACUUCUCAAAAGACUUUCUCCUACACUGAGAAGAUGCACCUUUCUCUGAGCCCCGUGCUUCAGACCGCAACCUGGGUUGGGGGAACCUCCCUUCAUAGGGACUGGUGCAGGACUGUGGCAAGUAGCCCUUCCCUUGGCUGCACUCUGAGGGGGGUCUCAUGGGAGGAGUCUGCCUGCUGCCGCUGCUGCAUUUGCUUCUGCAUGGAGCUCUGUAAGGCCCACUUGGCAGAGCAAGGGUGGGGAGCCAGCUUUCCCCUGGGGGCGGGGGAGAGUGUUGUGGGUUGCAUCGGGGCAGUUGGGUUGGGCCCGGUUUGGGGUUUUAUUGUUUCUUGUUUUUAGUUUUUGUAUAUUAUUUUAUCUUAGGGUUGUGAGCUGCCUAAAGUUCUAGUUUUAAGAUGGAUGGCUGUAUAAAUAUUUUAAAUAAAUGUAAAUAAAAUGCUA